UGGAGGCGCAGCCAUGUUGGGAACAUUAGAAGGGAACCAACACCACGACCAGAAAGACGGGAACAUCUAGGUUCGGCAGCGGCGUGUCUUAACACCUUAACACCACCACCAUGGCUGACCCGGAAAAACAGCCCGAACAAUCAAAGGCUGUCCAGCAGAAGCUGGUCAUCGCUAACAAAGUGACCGGGACUGUGAAGUGGUUCAACGUGAAGAGUGGGUAUGGAUUCAUCAACAGGAACGACACUAAGGAAGAUGUGUUCGUCCAUCAAUCGGCCAUCGUGAAGAACAAUCCAAGGAAGGCUGUACGCAGCGUCGGUGACGGAGAAUUGGUAGAAUUCGACGUGGUGAUAGGCGAGAAGGGUCACGAAGCGGCCAACGUUACCGGUCCGUCCGGGGAAGCGGUAAAGGGUUCGCCUUACGCUGCCGAUAAGCGACGCGGAUUUCGCGGAGUUCAUUGGUACAUCAAUCAAAGACGUGGGAACGCUCGAACUCAACGCAGACCUCGGGAAGGUCAGGAGGGAUACGAGCCCGGCGAAGGCAAGACCGGGGACGAAGUGAAUUCCGGUGAAGCUGGUGGACAGCAACGUCGUUACAGGGUACGACGACAGUACGACGGCUUUUACCGGGGAUCACGCCGCUCUGGCCCGUCCGCGCAACAGCAAGGGGACAACUCGGGCGAAGGUGGCGAACAAGUCGGCGAGGGUGGCGGCGAAGGUGGCGUGCCGCGUGGUAGCGGCCGUGGCCGUGGAGGCCCCUCCCGUCGUUACUUCCGUCGCAAUUUCCGUGGGGGAAGAGGCGGCGGACCGCCCCGUCGUCCUCGUAGCCAGGAUGGCCAAGUAAAAUCGGAGCAGAAGUCGGAUGCACCUAAAGAUAAGGAUGCACCUGCCGCUGCCCCUGCUCCACAGGAAAGUCAACCGGUUCAAAACACCACCACAGAAAGCACCGCUUAACCAAGAGUAAUGGUACCACUACAACAAAAACACUCCUUUUAAUAUGUAACACCAACACCCGUUAUACACCGAAGCAACAGCAACGACAACGGCGGCAGCAACAACAACAACAGAGCAACAACUAUAUAACAUAACAAUUGAAGAAAUCCCCUCCCAAAGAAAAAAAAAAAAAAAA